CAGAAAAGACAAUUCUUUAAUCAGAGUUAGUAAUGUGGACAGUACAAAAUCGAGAGAGUUUGGGGCUUCUCUCUUUCCCUGUGAUGAUUGCCAUGGUCUGUUGUGCACACAGCGCCAAUGAGCCCAGCAACAUGUCAUACGUGAAAGAGACAGUGGACAGAUUGCUCAAAGGAUAUGACAUUCGCUUGCGGCCGGACUUUGGAGGGCCCCCCGUGGAUGUCGGGAUGCGGAUCGAUGUCGCCAGCAUAGACAUGGUCUCCGAAGUGAACAUGGAUUAUACACUCACCAUGUAUUUCCAGCAGUCUUGGAAAGACAAAAGGCUUUCUUAUUCUGGAAUCCCGUUAAACCUCACGCUAGACAACAGAGUAGCUGACCAACUCUGGGUACCAGACACCUACUUUCUGAAUGACAAGAAAUCAUUUGUGCAUGGGGUUACAGUGAAAAAUCGAAUGAUCCGACUGCACCCUGAUGGAACAGUUCUCUAUGGACUCCGGAUAACAACCACAGCUGCAUGUAUGAUGGAUCUACGAAGAUAUCCUCUGGAUGAACAAAACUGCACCCUGGAGAUUGAAAGUUAUGGCUAUACAACUGAUGACAUUGAGUUUUACUGGAAUGGAGGAGAGGGAGCAGUGACCGGAGUUAAUAAAAUUGAGCUUCCUCAGUUUUCAAUUGUCGACUACAAGAUGGUGUCCAAGAAAGUGGAGUUUACAACAGGGGCAUAUCCACGACUGUCACUAAGUUUUCGUCUAAAGAGAAACAUUGGUUACUUCAUUUUGCAAACCUACAUGCCUUCCACACUGAUUACAAUUCUGUCCUGGGUGUCUUUUUGGAUCAACUAUGAUGCAUCUGCAGCCAGAGUUGCAUUAGGCAUCACCACGGUGCUGACAAUGACGACCAUCAGCACUCACCUCAGGGAGACCUUGCCAAAGAUCCCUUAUGUCAAAGCGAUUGAUAUUUACCUGAUGGGCUGCUUUGUGUUUGUGUUCCUGGCUCUGCUGGAAUACGCCUUUGUCAAUUACAUCUUCUUUGGAAAGGGACCCCAGAAAAAGGGAGCUGGUAAACAAGACCAGAGCGCCAAUGAGAAGAACAAGCUGGAGGUGAAUAAAGUCCAGGUCGACCCCCACGGCAACAUUCUCCUCAGCACCCUGGAAAUCAGGAACGAGACGAGCGGCUCGGAAGUGCUCACGGGCAUGACUGACCCCAAGGCCCCCAUGUACUCGUACGACAGCGCCAGCAUCCAGUACCGGAAGCCUCUGAGCAGCCGCGAGGCAUACGGGCGCGCGCUGGACCGGCACGGCGCGCACAGCAAGGGGCGCAUCCGCAGGCGCGCCUCGCAGCUCAAAGUCAAAAUCCCCGACUUGACUGAUGUGAAUUCCAUAGACAAGUGGUCCCGAAUGUUUUUCCCUAUCACCUUUUCUCUUUUUAACGUCGUUUAUUGGCUUUACUAUGUUCACUAA